AUGCAGCAAGCCGAAAUGGAGCAGGAAGGCUCAAACGGCUUGAGACCAGAUGCCCUUCGUGGCAUCAGUCUCCAAGAACUGGACAAACGCAGCCAGGGCCAUAAAGACUUGGUCAACAUUUAUCUCGGCUGGCUGCAGGAACACUUGAACGAUUGGGACUUGUCAGAUUCCGCCGUGUUCCGACCGCAAAUUAAGUCGUGGUAUGCUUCGCUUCGCUUCCAUGGUUACGAUGACCAGCACAUUCGUAAUGCGUUCUCUGCCUGGAUGUCAAACCAAAUUCAAAGCGAUGCCAGCAGCGCAAGAAGAUUGCUGGUAGCUCAGGAAGAAUUACUUGGAAAUUUGGGAAUCAACCAGGAAACGGAAACAACAAGAGAUCUUGGGACGGGUCAGGGAACGGCCGGUGUGAUCACGAAAAGGGAGAAGAAGAUCAUCGACGUCUCGUCUGGUGAAGAUGACAGCGAUGUGGAGUUUUUGGGGUGGAAGCGGCCGGACAACAUGCGCAACACUUCCAAGAACGCAAGACAAACCGCUCCUCCGCUCACCGGAGCCAACAAAGAGGAUCAGCGUCUGCAAGGGACCGAGAAUCGUGGACCUAACGACCGAUUGAAAGAGAGCAGGACGCGAAAGAUAACGGCCAGUCAUAAUCCCAGCGGAACACCCCCCAAGAAUUAUGUAUGUGAUCGAUGCGGUGAAAAAGCAAACAGUCAGUCGCGCAAGGCAAAGAACAAAUCAUCUAGAAGCAUGGAUGGCCCGUCCACCUAUGAGAGCCAACGUGUCCCGAAGUAUCUCGUCGAUGCCGAUGAUCAUCGCAUGGAUCCGGCACGUCGCGCCCUAAUGGAACGUGGCGAUCGUGUUCGCUCGCCCUCUCGGCCCGAUGAUCGACUAGAAAGCCACGGGGGAAACCACUACUCACCACCUCGAGAGAAGCGUGGAAGAAAGCCCAGCAUGGAAGUUCCAGAGCGCAGGCGACAGACCAAGCGAUCUCGACGUUGGCGCGAAAGGCAUCGCAGUAGCUCUCGAUCCAGUCGGAGCGAGCGUGGAGGUUCUGCUGAGCUACUGCCACGCGGCCGGACUCAGAAUAGUGACGAUGGCCGUCUUUCCUACUGGGACGACGGCUACAACGAUGCCAAAAUAUCGAGCUCGCUUUCCUCAAAGAGAAGCAGGCAUACAGUGACUUCCGCACAUGAGGCUUCAGAGAGUCUAGAGGCUGAUAUACAGCGGUUGUUUCCGUCAGCUGAUGCUGCUUGGGUCUCUGAUAUGGCAGGCUUUGACGUGGAUGAUUUUCUCCGCGAAUUGGGCGAUUGCAUGAUUCCCACAUCCACAAUUCAAAACGAGGAACAUGCACAAGUGAAAAUGGGUAUCUUUGAUGAGGAAGAUGGAGGUCAGGCUUUGCCUACGGUCAGAUUGCCUCAGGUGCAAGAGUCUCGUUCGGAUACGAAGAUCGAGAUCGUCGUCAAGUUGCCAGAAGGGGCUCGCACAGCACUGUCCAUGGACAAAUUCAGCUCGCAAUUGAAGUUCAACUCGACUCGCACAGAUGAUCUGAACCCACCCGACAUGGAUGCGCAGAUCAGGGAGGGCGAGAGCGACAAGUUCCCGGAAGGCACCUCGCCCAAUACUGGUGAUGUUGUUGGCGAAGAAGGGAAUUUGCUGCUGGACGGGUAA